GCCAACAUGUCCGCGCUCAUUUGAAAACCAGCCGUAGCCAAAUUUACACUUUGGCACCGGGUCUUUGUAGAUGUAAAUUGUUUAGCUAUAUGUCAGCGGUGCUAACGACGUGGUGCCCAAGCAAGACUCAUACAAAAUAAAGACAAGGACUCCACGACAAGGGCCAGAUUAUUCCUUAUUAUCAGAAAUAAUGCUGAUAUCUGGAACUCAUGUCGGAAGUCGUGUAUGAAGAGACAGCCACGAUGAUUGCCGCAGGGGAAUUGCAGUCGUUUGUCCCAUUUGGCCGUGAGCACUGCAGGAACCAUCCCAACGCCUUUAACCUACAGCUCAGAGAGCUCCAACCUGCCUCAGAGCUCUGGUCAUCAGAUGGUGCUGCCGGCCUGGUGGGGUCCCUGCAAGAAGUCAGUCUGCAGGAGAGAGAGAGGGAAUGCUGGCAGCUGAGGAAAGGCUGUGUGGGAAUCAGAGAAGAGGAUGUAGAGUUUGAAGAGGAACUCUACACAGCUGGAAAUGUUGUUGUCUGGAGUCAGGGCAGCCGGUCCCAAGCCUCCAAUGUGUAUAAAGCCUUCACUGUUGACAGUGCAGUGCAGCAGGCCUUGUGGUGUAACUUUGCAGUUCCUCAAACCAAGAAAGAUGAGGAGGAGAUGGAGCAAACUGUGUGUAUUGUCCAGAGUAGCUGUAUCAACGUUCAUACUGUGACCGGAAAGGAUUUUAUUUCACCUCUUCCCUUCCAGGUUUCAGACGUCUGGGCGACUAAGUUUGGACUUUUAUUGGAACGAAAAAGCACAGCAUCUGACUCACAGCUCAGCCCUCCCGGGGAACCUCUGCCCACAGUUUUUAGCAUGUUGCACCCUCUGGAUGAGAUUGCACCAGUAGUGUGCAAACCUGCAGGUCUGUUUGAAGGCUGCCGCGUUCAGUAUGUGUCUGACUCCGCCAUGAAGAUUGUUUUCAGCUGCCCUCAGCCCUCUAUGGUUGUCUCUUAUGACACUGUACAAGGAACUCACUCUGUCUGGGUCCUGCGCAAAGUCUCACAUGAUGAGAUAUCCACUGUCCUGCAGUGUCCCGCAGAACCAGUCGGAACACCCUUAGGGUUAAGGGCUUCAGGAUUCCUGACCUCGCACCUCCGGAAUAUUUCCCGUCUGGACUCUCCUGGAGGUGCUGGUGGCACUGGGCAUGGUCCUGCAACUGGGACAAGUGUUGCUAUUGGUAGCAGUUCCCCUCUUCACUACAGUACUCUGCAUGGACACCAGAGCAGGGUUAUGAUGUCUUCACCAGCAGUCCAUUCUCGUAUUCAUUCACCCAGUAUAUCCAACAUGGCCGCCCUCAGUCGUGCCCAUUCCCCAGGUAUGGCAGCACCAUCAUUCUCGGGUGCAGCUCGGUUUAAUACGUCCUUCCACAGCCCAAACUCAAGAGGACACCAUGGCUUGUUGCCGUCUUCCAACAACACACUCAAUGAUUCUACGCUAGUGCCAGAAAUGGAGCCAAUUAUACCAGACCUAUGCUUGGAACAUUUGUGGAGUGAAUCAGUCACAGCUGGCUGUCACAGGGAGAUGAGCAGUCAAGCCUCUAAAGUAUAUCUGACCUCUGACCUAUGUGAAAACCACUAUCUCUGUUUCCUAGUGGAGUCUCACCAGCAGCUCAGAUGUGUGAAGUUCAUUGAAAGUAAUGAUACAUCUCAGCUCAUCUUCACCUCAGUCCAAACCAUCCCUGCCAAAGACGCAGCACCUCUGCAGAAUAUAGGUGCCAUGCUGUUCUGGAGGCCUGUGGCAGUCUGGUCCCUCUACACUGGAAUCACCAGAGUGAGUAAGGUGUUUGUUCCUGGCCUCCUGCCACCCACCUUCAGCCUGACCAACCAUCUGUCUCACUUCAGCACCCCAGUGGACAAUGUUAGCACCCCAAAUACCUGUUGGCAGUAGCAUCUACAAGAGCUGGAUGAGGCUGUGAUGCCUUCUCCAGUUUCAGAACUGAGAGGUCCAAAUUUUAAACACCAUGAAGCUUCAUUUUUGGAAGAUUACCCCUUUCAGCAGAGUGCACCCUACAUUUGUGCCUUGCGGGACCCUGUCUGCAACCGAGUCACACUGGAGCUAAGCAAUGCCACAAUGCUGCGGAUUUCUAUCCCAGAAAUUGCAACCUCUGAGCUUGUGAGAAAAUGUCUUCAAGCGAUUCGCUUUAUCCUACCCAAGGAAGCUGCAAUGAAGGUUUUGGUGAAGUGGUAUAACAUCUACAACGCCCCUGGUGGUCCCAGUGCUCAUGCUGAGUGGAACUUGUUUGUCACAUGCUUCAUGACACUGAUGGGCUACAACACGGAGCGCCUUGUGUGGACCCGCAACCUCCAUUUUGAAGUGCCUCUCUCACCAGUGAUUGCAGCCAAGAAGGCUCGUCCUUCUGACGGAGGCUCUGAUGAGGAUUGGGACUAUUUGUGCUCUCACUAUCACCGUCAGAUGACAUCCCAGCCUGUCUUUGCUCCAGUCGACUCCAAUACUCUCAUCAAAGAGACAGACGGCCUGUCCUCUGUGUCUCCUCCCUCUAGUCCGUCCCUGAAGUUGGAUAGUUCAGCUCCACUCUUCCCUCACAUCCCUUCCCUUUUCUACGUUCUCCAUCUGCUCUAUGAAGAGCUGCAGCUGGAUGAGCUGCAGAGAGCCAGCACCUCCUCACUGGUCUGCUUGCUACAACAGCUGGCCAGAGACCUGCAGUUGGAUGCAUAUGUGGAUCUGUACUGGAGAGACUAUCCUUCAUUAAUUAGUGGCUUCAAUGAAAGUUGCCUCAUAGACCAGGCCCAGAUUGGUCAGAUGCAGCGGCCGUCUUUCUUGACUGCGGAGCCUCCAUGCGUGUUCAGCUGGCUCAGUAACUGUUUAAGAGGCGAGGAGAUCCCUCCAUUCCCAUACCUACCCGGCAUCUGUCAGAGGACCAAGCUGCUGGUUCUGAGUUAUGCUCUUUACAUCAUUGGAGAUGAAUUUGCCACAUCGGCAGAAGUGUCAAAAUACCUGUUCAAGCUCUCUGCAGGUCAAAAGUCCUGCAUCAGUGAACCACACAUCAGAAGACAGAGCAGUGUAAGGGUCAAGUUUGCUACUGAGAGUCUAGCAGAACAGCUGGUGGUCUGGCUCACCUCAGAAGGUUUCACGCUGAAGGACCUGGAAUCAGUCCCCUUUGGUGUGGCUCUGCCUAUCAGAGAGGCAAUCUAUCGUUGCCGUGAGCAACCAUGUUCUGAUUGGUCAGAAGAAGUCUGUCUGUUGAUUGGGCGACAAGACCUAACCAAACAAGCCCAUAAGAUGACCUUGGCCAAAAGUAAAUCGUCUGUUGGUUCAGGCUUGUCCUUGGAGCCUCCCGCCACCACAGAAGUAGAUGAGGAGGAAGAUGGGAUGUCUGACAUAAUUCAAGAGGUCACAGGGCUGAUCUGGAGUCAAGAUCUAAGGAUUCAGGAAGUCAGGAGGCUCCUGCAGAGCUCCAGGCCAGUACGAGUCAGUGUGGUCCAGCUACCUGAGGUGUCUGACCACGAGUACAUAGAGGAGAAAGAAAACAAACUUCUUCAGUUGUGUCAGAGGACCAUGGCUCUCCCAGUUGGCCGAGGCCUCUUCACUCUCUUCUCUUACCAGCCUGUACCAACUGAGCCUUUACCAGUCCCAAAACUCAACCUGACUGGCCGCGCCCCACCCAGGAACACCAUGGUAGAUCUGAACAGCGGCAACAUUGAUGUCCCUCCCAACAUGACCAGUUGGCCCAGUUUUCAUAACGGAGUAGCAGCUGGGCUCAAAAUAGCUCCUGCUUCUCAGGUGGACUCGGCCUGGAUUGCAUACAACAAGCCAAAGAGCCCAGAGCUGGCCAAUGAAUAUGCAGGUUUCCUUAUGGCCCUGGGACUCAAUGGACACCUGACAAAGCUGGCGACGCUUAACAUACAUGACUACCUCACCAAGGGUCAUGAGAUGACGAGUAUUGGGCUCCUGCUAGGUGUGUCUUCUGCCAAACUAGGCACCAUGGACAUGUCGGUCACCCGUCUACUUAGUAUCCACAUCCCUGCUUUGCUCCCACCAACAUCUACUGAACUAGAUGUACCACACAAUGUACAGGUUGCUGCUGUCAUUGGCAUUGGGCUGGUGUACCAAGGAACAGGACACAGACACAAUGCUGAAGUCCUGCUGUCUGAGAUAGGUCGACCUCCUGGUCCAGAGAUGGAGUACUGCACCGAUAGAGAGUCCUAUUCAUUAGCUGCUGGUCUAGCCCUGGGUAUGGUCUGCCUGGGGCAUGGCAGUAAUCUGAUUGGCAUGACAGACCUGAAUGUUCCUGAGCAGUUGUAUCAGUACAUGGUAGGGGGUCAUCGCAGAGCACAGGCCGGAGCCAACCGGGAAAGGCACAAAUCGCCCAGCUACCAAAUCAAGGAGGGUGACACUAUUAACGUGGAUGUGACGUGUCCAGGGGCCACACUGGCUCUUGCCAUGAUCUACCUCAAGACUAACAACAGAUCCAUCGCUGAUUGGCUGAAGCCUCCAGACACUUGGUUUCUGCUGGAUUUCAUCAAACCAGAAUUUCUGCUGCUAAGGACUCUAGCUAGGUGUAUAAUCAUGUGGGAUGAGAUCCUCCCCAAUACUGAGUGGGUGAAGAGUAACAUACCUCAGAUAAUGAGAGGCACCUUUGACCCUUCAGAGGACAUAAACAUGGAGACAAUGGCCCAAGCCCAGGACUACAUCACAGCUGGAGCCUGCAUGGCUCUGGGACUACGCUUUGCUGGCUCUGCCAACUCUGAUGCCUUUGACUGCCUCUAUGAAUUUGCUCGAACAUUCAUGAAGAUCAUGUCAUUUUCUGGUACAACUACAGUGCAGACAGGUUUUUACAACCUGCAGACCGGGCUGUCCAUGAUUCUGCUAGCUAUGUCCAUGGUGAUGGCCGGCACCGGGAACCUCAAAGUGUUGCAGCUCUGUCGCUUCUUCCACAAACGAACAGGUGGUGAGAUGAAUUACGGCUUCCACAUGGCUCAUCACAUGGCCCUGGGGCUACUCUUCCUUGGAGGCGGCAGGUACACCCUGAGCACCUCCAAUUCUGCCAUCGCCGCUCUACUGUGUGCCUUGUACCCCCAUUUCCCUGCCCACAGUACUGAUAAUCGGUACCACCUGCAGGCUCUUCGACAUCUCGCAGUGCUGGCUGCAGAGCCUCGCCUGCUGGUCCCAGUGGAUGUGGACUCGCUGAAACCCUGCUAUGCCCUCUUAGAGGUCACCUACAAGGAGACAAAGUGGUAUGAGGAGACAACAGUGGAGCUGAUGGCUCCCACUAUGCUUCCUGAGCUUCACCUCUUAAAACGGGUAAAGGUGAAGGGUCCUCGUUACUGGGAACUGUCUGUAGACCUCAGUAAAGAAACACAACACCUGAAGUCUAUACUGUCCAGAGAUGGAGUGUUGUACGUCAAACUACGGGCCGGCCAGCUGCCUUACAAAGAUGAUCCUCAGGGCUGGAAGAGUCUGCUGGCCUCCACAGUCAACCAUCGUAACUCUGGUGUCGGGGCGUUCAAGCCUGAAGCCAUCUCUACGUUAACGUCCGAGCCUGCUUUGGUGUCCUUUGCUGAGUUCUUUUGUAAAGACUCAGACGGAAUGAAACACAGAGAAGACACUCUGGUGUUGUUCUCAGCGAUGCUGUAUGAAUGUGUGACACAGGAAUGUCCAGAGAUGCUGCCCACAUACAUUGCUAUCGAGCAGGCAGUGGGAGCUCUGCGUCGCGGUGACCUCCUCCAGACCUUUCCUCUGUGGCAGAUGCGUCUAGUGGUGGAGCUGUGGGAUAGUAGAGUGCUGCAAGGGUCUCACAGUCGGCACGGCGCCCUGCUCACCUCCGAGUUCCUGCCCGUCAUGAAGAACAUGGUGGAUGUUGCACUGGACAGCUGGCUCAAAGACCACAGUUCAGUGAUGAGAUCCUACAUGAAGGGUGAGGCCUUCUCCAAGGACACACACUCCAUUAUGUUGGCCUGUUUUCUUGUGUACCGCUCCAUUCCCUGCCUCCGAAAUGCACACACAGAGCUUGAAGGCUGCAGUUCAUUGGGUGAUUUGCUGUUACGUAGCAGUCGGUUGAGGAUCCCUCUCAGAGACCUGCUGAGGCUGGUACCUGUCCUCCUGGGCUCCACAUCUGGACCACAGACACUCCUGGGAUUCCCUCAGCAGGCGUACUGA